AAAAUAAAACUACAAUAAUGGACAAUUAAUAAAAAAACAACAAUAAAAUAUAAUAUAACAGAAAGGAAAAUUUCUAAAAACAAAUUUCAAAAUUAUUAUGUUAUAUUACAAAAGAGAGAACAUAAAAAAAUAAAAAUAAAAUGAAAUAACAGAAAAAACAAAAACAGAAAAGAAACAAAAAAAUAUAACAGAAAAAAAAUACAAAUAUAGAAAAGGCAUAGGCAGGCAAAAAGAAUAACAAUAAAAAUUAAAAGCAGCAAAAAAAAAGUGAAAAAAAAGAGCUUUCACCGCUAUUCAGAAGAAAAGUUCUCAUUAAAAAUUCAAAUUAUUUCAAACCGUCGUCUGUAACGGACGUAUUUCUUUUUAAUCUUCAUUGUUUAUUCUACAACAGAUCGCGUUUCGCAAAAAAUACGAAAGUAAAAAAGUUAUUAAAAAAACAACAACUAGAAUAAUAUAAUAAAAAAAAAUAAAUUAAAUAAUAAUAUUACAAAAAGAAUAUUUUAAUUCUACAUUAGUUGUAUAGAAAUCUGCAUUUAAAAGAAAAAACAAAAGUGUGUUAAAAUAAAAUUAUUAAGAAUAUUUAGGAAGAGUGCUUAUUUUAUAUGUAUAUACACCUUUUUUUAUUUUUGUCUUGGGAUAAAUUAGAAAACGAAUAAAAUAUUAACUAACAGUAAAUUUCUGGAAUAAAAAAAAAUAACAGGGAAAUUCUCUAAAACGAAAAAAAAAUAAUUUUUAAAAAUUGUCCUAGAAAAAGAAAAAGCACAUAAUUAUUCUAAAAAUUCAUGCAUACACAUAUAUGUGAUACAGUAUAUUAUAUGAAUGGUUUAAUUAAUUAAAAACAUUUAAAUAAAUAAAUUAUAAUUACAUAAAUAAAAAAAAUUAUUAAAUAAUGAAAAUGUGAUUAGAAUUUAAUAUUUGAGUGAAUAACGAUUAAAAAAUCUUAUUCAGACAAAAGUAAUUUGAUAGAAAAAUAAAAUAAAUAUUCUGUUCUUUAUUCUUUUUUGUUUUUAAAAAAUGGUAACUUCAUGUAUUAUGGAUACUACAAAUGUUAACAUUAAGGAUACUAAAUCAAAUACAUUUGCAAAUAUUAAUAAUAAUUCUAGAAUAAUACCAAAUAUUCUUACUACUACAUCUACAUCAUCAACGAUUUAUAAUAAUAGUGAUAAUAAUUGUAAUAGUAAUAAUUUAAAUUCAUACAAAUUAUUCCCACAAAAUUUUCAUAAUAAAAAAAAUAAUAAUACUCUUAAUAAUUAUUUUAAAACAAAAACUAAUAUUGAUGAUGUUUUAAGAGAAAAAAUAAUGGUGGCGGAGUUUGUCGCCCGCCAACAUCAUUCUAGUUCCCCUGUUAACGGAGAAACACCAGCUCAAAAUUAUUCUAAUACACCGUUAUCAUUUCAUAACAGUUUGAAAGGAACACCAUUUAUUAAUAGUGGUAAUAGUAAUACUUCAUCAUCAUCACCAACACACAAUACAAAUAACAAUAAAAGUAAUAGUAAUAAUAAUUUAAAUAACAGUGACUCAGGAAUAAUAUCAAAUAUGCGUAUGACACAUUCACCAGCGUUAUCAAUUAAUGGUAACUCAAAUGGAUCAAAUUCAGGACAUGGAUUAUUAUUACCGAGAUCACCUAUGUCUCCUAUGUCACCACAACAUGAUAGCUAUUCACAAAGUAAUUAUGAAAUGAAUCAAUUAAAACGUAAAGAUUUAUUUACGCAACGUAAACAACGGGAAUUUAUACCAGAUAAUAAAAAAGAUGAGAGCUAUUGGGAUAGAAGACGUCGUAAUAAUGAAGCAGCAAAACGUUCACGUGAAAAAAGACGUUUUAAUGAUAUGGUAUUAGAACAACGUGUUGUUGAGUUAACAAAAGAGAAUCAUGUUCUUAAAGCUCAAUUGGAUGCCAUUAGAGAUAAAUUUAAUAUAUGUGGUGAAAAAUUAGUUAGCGUUGACCAAAUAUUAGCAACAUUACCAACAAGUGAACAAGUUUUAAGUAUUACAAAACGUGCUAAAAUAUCAAAUACAGUACCACCAACAAUUAUUUAUCCAUUAUCAUCAAGUCCAAUUUUAACAUCUGUUAUACAACCAUCAUUACAAACAAAUUCUUUAAUAGAUAGUAAUAGUAAUAAUAAUAAUAAUAAUAAUAAUAAUAAUAAUAAUAAUAAUAAUAAUAAUAAUAAUAAUAAUAAUAAUAAUAAUAACAAUAAUAAUAAUAAUAAUAACAAUAAUAAUAAUAUUAAUAAUAAUAAUAAUAAUAAUAAUAAUAGUGGAAGAGAUAGUAACAUUCCAAUUGGUAGCUCGAUAACAGCAACAACAUCAUCUUUAUUAAAUCAUACUACAAAUAUAUUAUCUUCCUCAUCUUCAUCGUCAUCCUCUUCUUCUUCAUCAUCAUCUUUAUCAACAGCUUUACAAAAUCAACCAACAUCAUCUCAACUAAAUUCACCUAUUGGUUAUAUAUCAUCACGUUCUUAUUCAACAAGUACAACAAUAAAUCAAAAGAAUUUAAAUAAUAGUAAUUCAACUUCACCUGGACUACAGCAACAACAACAUUCAAAUCAACCACAUCCACUGCAACAACAUCAAAGUAUACUAUCUUGUGACAGUACUUCUUCAACAAGUUAUUCUCAUCAUCAUAAUAAUAAUAAAAAUAAAGUAAUAUAUCAUCAGCAACAGCAAUUACAAUCAAAUCAUCAUCAUUUUCAUCAUACUAAUUGUAAUCAUCAUGAUGAUAAUAUCUGUCAUCAUAUAUAUAAUAAUAAUAGUAACAACAACAAUAAUAAUGGAAAUCAAAAUAAUUCUAAUUCAUCAUCGAAUAUUAGUGGACGUUUGGAACGUAAUAGUUUUCAUCACCGUCCAAUAUUUGAUCAAAGAAAUGAAAAUUCAAAUAAUAACAGCAUUAACAGCAGUAGUAAUAAUGGCAAUUUAUCUUCUGCUCCAACACCAUCAUCCACAUCGCCAUAUGAUCAUCAUUCUAUAUUUUCACAUACAAAUCAUCAUCAUUUGUCUGGACAUUUACCAUUCUCUGGUAAUAAUACAACAAAUUCUGGUACUAUAAUUAAUCCAAAUAAUAUUUUAUUAUCAAAUGAUCAAAUUGAUAUACCAACUGGAUCAACAUCAUCAAUAUUAAAUCGUGCGAUGUCAUCGCCGAAAUUAAUAAUUAAAAAUAAUUUAAAUAAUGGUACUUUAAUUAGUUGUAAUAAUAACAGCUCUGCAACACCUUCAUUAUCUUCGCCAUCAUCAUCAUCGUCAACUGCAUCAACAAGAGAAAUAAGAAAUAAUGGUAUUAACAAUAAUAAUGGAAAUAUAACAUUAGGAAAUAAUAAUAAUCCGCCACCUUAUAUUGAACAAUAUGGUCUUGAUGAAUUAGCAACAACAACACCACAUUUAUCUUCACACCACAAUAAUAAUAAUAAUCAAAAUCAUCACCAUCAUUAUCAUAUUCAACAUCAUCACGAUAUACAUGAUCGAGAAUACAAUGAUAUAAUGAAACAUACAAUUAAUUUAUCAUCAAAAAUAAUAACACCCGGUACAACAUCAUCAUCAACAGCAGCAGGUACAACAAAUAUUGAUUGUAAUAGCCCAACAUCAUUAAUUAUCGGUUCGUCAUCAUCAUUAUCAUCAUCACCGUCAUCAGUAUCUGGUUCAUCAUCAUCACCAACAUCAGCAUCAGCUGUUGCAGCUGCAGCAGUUGCAUCAGCAGCAGCUGCUGUUGUUGCUGCUGCAUCAAUACAUGGUGUUGUAUUAAAUGGUAAUAAUGUAUUGAAUUUAUCACGUCGUAAUGUUAAUAACAAUGACAUGGGUAAUAACAAUAACAGUUCUAACAUGAAUGAAAUAAAUAAUAAUACAAAUAUUUGUAUCAAUAACCGUGGUAAUAAUAAUAAUAAUAAUAGUAAUAAUAAUAAUAAUAAUAACAAUAAUAAUAAUAAUAAAAAUAAUAAUAAUACUAAUAAUAAUAAUAAUAAUAAUAAUAAUAGUAAUAAUAGUAAUAAUAAUAAUAGUAAUAAUAAUAAUAAUAAUAAUAAUAAUAAUAAUAAUAAUAAUAAUAAUAAUAAUAAUAAUAAUAAUAAUAAUAAUAAUAAUAAUAACGGUGGUUCAACAUCACCAUGUGAUUAUUUAUCACAUUGUAAUGUAUCAUCGAAUACAUCAAAUGAUGACGAUAAUGAAACAUGUGGUGACAAUUUAGUAACAGCUGUUGAUUUACAUAAUAGUUUGCCACUUAAAUUACGUCAUAAAUCUCAUUUGGGUGAUAAGGAUGCAGCAACAGCACUAUUAGCAUUACAGCAUAUUAAACAAGAAUAUUUACCAUCAUCACAAUCAAGUCCACCAUGGGAUAAUGAAGGUUCAAGUGAUGAAAGAGAUUCUGGUAUAUCAAUUGGUACAACUGAAUGGACAUUACAUCAUCAACGCAAAAAUCUAAAUAGUAGUAAUAACAACAACAAUAAUGUGAAUAAUAAUAAUAGUAAUGGACAUAUAAAAAAAUCUUCUGUGAUAAGUGAUAAGGAAGAAAAUAUACAUUUGAAAUCUCAAUUAGCAAGAUUAGAAUCAGAAGUGGCUAAUAUUAAAAGUAUGAUGAUACUUGGUACAACGAAUGUUGUUAAUACAAAUUCACAUUAUAAUAAUUUUUAUUUUUUAUCUAUUGCAGAUGUUUUAAGAGAAAAAAUAAUGGUGGCGGAGUUUGUCGCCCGCCAACAUCAUUCUAGUUCCCCUGUUAACGGAGAAACACCAGCUCAAAAUUAUUCUAAUACACCGUUAUCAUUUCAUAACAGUUUGAAAGGAACACCAUUUAUUAAUAGUGGUAAUAGUAAUACUUCAUCAUCAUCACCAACACACAAUACAAAUAACAAUAAAAGUAAUAGUAAUAAUAAUUUAAAUAACAGUGACUCAGGAAUAAUAUCAAAUAUGCGUAUGACACAUUCACCAGCGUUAUCAAUUAAUGGUAACUCAAAUGGAUCAAAUUCAGGACAUGGAUUAUUAUUACCGAGAUCACCUAUGUCUCCUAUGUCACCACAACAUGAUAGCUAUUCACAAAGUAAUUAUGAAAUGAAUCAAUUAAAACGUAAAGAUUUAUUUACGCAACGUAAACAACGGGAAUUUAUACCAGAUAAUAAAAAAGAUGAGAGCUAUUGGGAUAGAAGACGUCGUAAUAAUGAAGCAGCAAAACGUUCACGUGAAAAAAGACGUUUUAAUGAUAUGGUAUUAGAACAACGUGUUGUUGAGUUAACAAAAGAGAAUCAUGUUCUUAAAGCUCAAUUGGAUGCCAUUAGAGAUAAAUUUAAUAUAUGUGGUGAAAAAUUAGUUAGCGUUGACCAAAUAUUAGCAACAUUACCAACAAGUGAACAAGUUUUAAGUAUUACAAAACGUGCUAAAAUAUCAAAUACAGUACCACCAACAAUUAUUUAUCCAUUAUCAUCAAGUCCAAUUUUAACAUCUGUUAUACAACCAUCAUUACAAACAAAUUCUUUAAUAGAUAGUAAUAGUAAUAAUAAUAAUAAUAAUAAUAAUAAUAAUAAUAAUAAUAAUAAUAAUAAUAAUAAUAAUAAUAAUAAUAAUAAUAAUAAUAACAAUAAUAAUAAUAAUAAUAACAAUAAUAAUAAUAUUAAUAAUAAUAAUAAUAAUAAUAAUAAUAGUGGAAGAGAUAGUAACAUUCCAAUUGGUAGCUCGAUAACAGCAACAACAUCAUCUUUAUUAAAUCAUACUACAAAUAUAUUAUCUUCCUCAUCUUCAUCGUCAUCCUCUUCUUCUUCAUCAUCAUCUUUAUCAACAGCUUUACAAAAUCAACCAACAUCAUCUCAACUAAAUUCACCUAUUGGUUAUAUAUCAUCACGUUCUUAUUCAACAAGUACAACAAUAAAUCAAAAGAAUUUAAAUAAUAGUAAUUCAACUUCACCUGGACUACAGCAACAACAACAUUCAAAUCAACCACAUCCACUGCAACAACAUCAAAGUAUACUAUCUUGUGACAGUACUUCUUCAACAAGUUAUUCUCAUCAUCAUAAUAAUAAUAAAAAUAAAGUAAUAUAUCAUCAGCAACAGCAAUUACAAUCAAAUCAUCAUCAUUUUCAUCAUACUAAUUGUAAUCAUCAUGAUGAUAAUAUCUGUCAUCAUAUAUAUAAUAAUAAUAGUAACAACAACAAUAAUAAUGGAAAUCAAAAUAAUUCUAAUUCAUCAUCGAAUAUUAGUGGACGUUUGGAACGUAAUAGUUUUCAUCACCGUCCAAUAUUUGAUCAAAGAAAUGAAAAUUCAAAUAAUAACAGCAUUAACAGCAGUAGUAAUAAUGGCAAUUUAUCUUCUGCUCCAACACCAUCAUCCACAUCGCCAUAUGAUCAUCAUUCUAUAUUUUCACAUACAAAUCAUCAUCAUUUGUCUGGACAUUUACCAUUCUCUGGUAAUAAUACAACAAAUUCUGGUACUAUAAUUAAUCCAAAUAAUAUUUUAUUAUCAAAUGAUCAAAUUGAUAUACCAACUGGAUCAACAUCAUCAAUAUUAAAUCGUGCGAUGUCAUCGCCGAAAUUAAUAAUUAAAAAUAAUUUAAAUAAUGGUACUUUAAUUAGUUGUAAUAAUAACAGCUCUGCAACACCUUCAUUAUCUUCGCCAUCAUCAUCAUCGUCAACUGCAUCAACAAGAGAAAUAAGAAAUAAUGGUAUUAACAAUAAUAAUGGAAAUAUAACAUUAGGAAAUAAUAAUAAUCCGCCACCUUAUAUUGAACAAUAUGGUCUUGAUGAAUUAGCAACAACAACACCACAUUUAUCUUCACACCACAAUAAUAAUAAUAAUCAAAAUCAUCACCAUCAUUAUCAUAUUCAACAUCAUCACGAUAUACAUGAUCGAGAAUACAAUGAUAUAAUGAAACAUACAAUUAAUUUAUCAUCAAAAAUAAUAACACCCGGUACAACAUCAUCAUCAACAGCAGCAGGUACAACAAAUAUUGAUUGUAAUAGCCCAACAUCAUUAAUUAUCGGUUCGUCAUCAUCAUUAUCAUCAUCACCGUCAUCAGUAUCUGGUUCAUCAUCAUCACCAACAUCAGCAUCAGCUGUUGCAGCUGCAGCAGUUGCAUCAGCAGCAGCUGCUGUUGUUGCUGCUGCAUCAAUACAUGGUGUUGUAUUAAAUGGUAAUAAUGUAUUGAAUUUAUCACGUCGUAAUGUUAAUAACAAUGACAUGGGUAAUAACAAUAACAGUUCUAACAUGAAUGAAAUAAAUAAUAAUACAAAUAUUUGUAUCAAUAACCGUGGUAAUAAUAAUAAUAAUAAUAGUAAUAAUAAUAAUAAUAAUAACAAUAAUAAUAAUAAUAAAAAUAAUAAUAAUACUAAUAAUAAUAAUAAUAAUAAUAGUAAUAAUAGUAAUAAUAAUAAUAGUAAUAAUAAUAAUAAUAAUAAUAAUAAUAAUAAUAAUAAUAAUAAUAAUAACGGUGGUUCAACAUCACCAUGUGAUUAUUUAUCACAUUGUAAUGUAUCAUCGAAUACAUCAAAUGAUGACGAUAAUGAAACAUGUGGUGACAAUUUAGUAACAGCUGUUGAUUUACAUAAUAGUUUGCCACUUAAAUUACGUCAUAAAUCUCAUUUGGGUGAUAAGGAUGCAGCAACAGCACUAUUAGCAUUACAGCAUAUUAAACAAGAAUAUUUACCAUCAUCACAAUCAAGUCCACCAUGGGAUAAUGAAGGUUCAAGUGAUGAAAGAGAUUCUGGUAUAUCAAUUGGUACAACUGAGUGGACAUUACAUCAUCAACGCAAAAAUCUAAAUAGUAGUAAUAACAACAACAAUAAUGUGAAUAAUAAUAAUAGUAAUGGACAUAUAAAAAAAUCUUCUGUGAUAAGUGAUAAGGAAGAAAAUAUACAUUUGAAAUCUCAAUUAGCAAGAUUAGAAUCAGAAGUGGCUAAUAUUAAAAGUAUGAUGAUACUUGGUACAACGAAUGUUGUUAAUACAAAUUCACAGUAAGCACAAUAAAUUAAAAAAAAAAUAUAAAAGUAUUUAAAAAAAAUUUUUUUUAAAUUUUACUAAAUUUGAAUAAAUUUUACUUACACAUUAUUAUUAAUUUUAUUAUUAAUCUAUUUAUACGUAUAUAUAACUAUUUUGUUGUACCUAAAACUAACAUAUUAUAAUUUUUAUUAUGUACUUUGAUUACAAUCAUUAUAAAUACUUUUACCAUAAUAUUUUAUA